AUGGAAAGGCUACAGAGCUUGUUGGAGGAAGAGGAGCUUUGUCUGGCAGCAAGCAUCGCCGCAAAGGCUUUCGCUGAAAGUCCGUUAUAUCGUUACAUUUUUCCAGAUGCCCCGGGCCGGAUCGCGGCUCUGACGUGGAUGUUCUUGCGAAAUUAUCUCAUCCGCACAGGCCGUGGUCAUGGCACGUUCAAGGGUGCCUAUUCUGCGGACGGCAAAUUGCUCUGCUGUUUCUGGCUAUUUGCGGAAGACGUUCCUGGCAUUAGUCUCUGGGAUAUGCUUCGCCACGGGCUUCUGGAAAUGCCGCUGAGAUUUGGCAUGACUUCCAUGCGCCGCAUGCUCGCUGUCGCGAAGUGGACAGAUCAAGCUUUGGACGUCUUGAAGAACGAACAUCCGAAGCACGUUUUGCUGGAACGCAUGGUGGUGUUGCCGGACUACCAGGGCAGCGGAGUCGGUACUGCUGCACUGACUGUAGCAUUGAAGGAAGCAGACACGGCUGGCCGGACGGUGAUUUUGACCACGCAGCUCGAGCGGAAUGUUGCUUUUUACAGCCGCCUCGGCUUUUGCGUCGUCAAGGAGGAAACUUUUGAGCCUGAUGAUGGAGAGAGCAUCCGCUGCUGGUUUAUGGUGCGACAUCCCAGCACCACUUCCUAG